AUGAAUACCACCACGCACGAUUCUGUCGGCCCCGCCAUGUCCUCUCCAUCUAUUGACGCUCGUUUGGACGACUACUCUAUCGACUUCAGUCAAUUUCCUCCCGAUGAUGAUCUUCCCCAUCCUCCAUCCCCCCAGCCGUUGUCCGACGUCGGUGGUCCGGACGACUUCACCGCGAACUUGGAGCGCUAUCUCCUGGGCGAGGACGAUUCCGAGGCCUUUGAGAAAGAGAUCAUCCCGGACGCGCAGAAACAACCGCCUCCUACUAUCGAAGAUGUGCCUGAAGACAGCGAAUUCGGUCCCCCAAUCGAUAUCUCCACCCCUUCCCAUUUGUUGCGUCGACCCCGGUCCAAGGACGUGAGCCAUCUCGAAAAUGUCGACGAAGAGGAGGAAAAAGAGGGGGAGGAAAAAGAAGAAGAGGAGGGGGAGAAAGGGGAAGAAACACCGUCUGUCCGCAGACUAAGCACCGCGUCGAUCCAGGGAGACCUCCGUCGUCAGAUCUCCGAUUUGCAGCAGACCGUGCGAGAUCGCGACGAACAGCUGCAGCGCAACCAUCGGCGCGUCCUGGAGGCUGCCUCUGCCGCUGAACAGAUCAAGCAUCUACAGGCGGAGCUGCAGCGGAAGUCUACCAUGCUAGAUGAAUGGCAGGCCCAGCGUAGCGACGAGAAGCUACUACGCGAUCAGAUCCACCGGCUACAGAAACAGAACGAGGAGAAGGAUACAUUGCUGCAGCGCUCCUCCCUGGGAGCGUCCGAGCUCACGGCCCUGCAGAACCAGAUCAGCGACAUGCACCAGGAGCUGCAGAGUCGUCAGUCGACCUCCGACCGCGAGCAACGUGAGACCGUGGCCCAUCUACGCCAACAGCUUUCACGAUCACAGGACCAACUGAAAGAGCGCGAGACUGCGCUGGACGAGGCCCGCGAGAAACUGCAGACUGUGGCUGCCACCCAUGCUCGCGAGAUCGAGAAACUCGAGUCCGAUCUACACCAGGCGCACCAGGAAUACCAGACGCUGCAGGAUCGCUUCGUCGCGCUGGAGAAGAACAGCACGCUGGCCGCCGACCUGACCCGUGCACAAUCCCAGGUCACCGCCCACGAACAGGCCCUCAAGGCCAUGGCCGCCGACCGGUCACUCGAGACCGGCGGCAACACCUACUCCGAGAUCCUGGAGCUGAUCAAGGAUCUGGGCCAGCCCGCCCAUGCCGCCCGUGCCGCCCGCGCCGCCGACGAUGCUGCCAAACCCCCGGCGUCCGGCGACCUGGACCCGCUUCACGACGAAUUGGCCCAGGCGCAGGCCGAGCUGCGCGACGCCACGUCCGCCCGCAAGGCCCUGGAGCUGCAGCUGACACGGUCGCAGGAGCAGACCACCGAGGCACACACGCUCAUCAACUCCAUCGAGGGUGAAAAUACGCGUCUAGCCCGACGCGCCGACGACCUCCAGUCGCAGCUCAACCAGACCCAGCACGAGCUCCGCAAGGCCCGCGAGACCGAGCGUCUCCAGCCGCCACCGGAGAGGAUCUCCGCCCUCGAGAGCUCCCACCGACAACUGCACGACCGCCUAGCGUCAGCUGAGAGACGGGAAUCGGAGCUGCAGACGGAGCUGCAGGCGCUGCGCGCGUCGCAAGCCACCCACGCAGGUGAACGACAGACACUGCGGGCCGAGAUCGAGCGGCUCGAAUCGGCCAUCGCGGUCAAGAACGAGACAGUAGCGGCGGUGGACCGACGCGUUGCGCAGUCGGUAGAGAAACGCGAGCAGGAGUGGCGACGACGGGUAGACCUGCUGCUCAAGGAGCGCGAACGCAUGAGUCGGGCUCUGAUGUGGUCGUGGGGGGAGAAGGAAGUUCCGGAGGAUAUUGUUGAAGGACGACGGAAACAGGGGUAUCGGUAUAAGUAUGUGAAUAAAUGA